AUGUUUCGCCAGUCAACGGCACACUUGAGGCGCUUGGCCUCGCCCUUGCUCAAGCGAGGCGGCUAUCGAUUCCGAACGACUGCAUCGGAGCAAAAGUCAAGGUCUACAUAUGGCUACAAACCGUUUUGGAACUCGGGCCGCGUGCUUCUCUUUUCUGCUGUGACAGGCACAACCACUUACUUCUACGGUGCAAACGACGAGGCAGGGCGAUUUCACAUCCCCUGGCGCAGAGCUCCCGGCCCGCAAUAUGCAAACAAGCACGAGAUGGAAAGGGCUAUCAAAGAACUAAGGAAGGUCCUUGGAGAGGAUGCAAUCAGUACUGAUGACGAUGACCUACACCGACACGGAUAUUCAGAGUGGUCAUCAAUCAACAUCGAACAAUUACCGGUGGCGGUCGCUUACCCAAAGUCAACUGAGGAGGUGUCGGAGCUAGCAAAAGUGUGCUACAGAUACAAGAUACCGAUGAUCCCUUAUUCUGGAGGUUCAAGCCUCGAAGCGAACUUCUCUGCUCCAUUUGGCGGCAUGAGCAUCGACUUUAGCUUCAUGGACCAAAUUAUAGAAUUGCAUGCGGAUGACAUGGACGUGGUUGUCCAGCCCUCGGUGCCUUGGAUGAGCCUGAAUGAUCAGAUCAAAGACUCGGGUCUCUUUUUUCCAGUGGAUCCUGGUCCUUCUGCUAGGAUUGGAGGCAUGGUCGGAACAAGCUGCAGUAAAUCAUCAGCUGGAUAUAACCUGACCAACCUCUUUGUCGGCUCAGAAGGCACCCUGGGAAUAGUUACGGAAAUCACGCUGAAGCUGGCUGUAGUCCCGCAAGAAACGAGUGUCGCGGUUGUAACGUUCCCCACUAUACGCGAUGCAGCAGCUGCAGCAUCGAAGGUGCUACGAACUGGGGUCCCUGUCGCCGCGAUGGAGAUUAUGGACGAUGUCCAGAUGUCUGUUAUCAAUAGGGCUGGAUCAACGAGCAAGAAGUGGAAAGAGGAACCGACAAUGUUCUUCAAGUUUUCGGGGACCAAGGCAGGGGUACGGGAGAACAUCCAGCUGGUCAAGGAAAUCGCCAAGGCGCACAAGAGCGGUGAAUUCGAAUUCGCUGUGAAUCCCGAAGAGCAAAAGACACUUUGGUCCGCCCGCAAAGAAUCGCUGUGGAGUAUGCUUGCGCUUCGUCGCGAGGGCGAUGAAGUAUGGUCAACAGAUGUUGCUGUGCCGAUCUCCAGGCUUCCGGACAUUAUUGAAAUAUCCAAGAAAGAGAUGGACGAUCUUGGCCUGUUUGCAAGCAUUCUCGGCCACAUCGGAGACGGCAACUUCCACGAGAGCAUUAUGUACAACAGCAAAGAUCCCAAGGAGCGAGCAGCCGUAGAAAAGUGCGUGCACGACAUGGUCGAUCGCGCACUGGAGAUGGACGGCACCUGUACCGGAGAACACGGCAUUGGACUUGGAAAGAAGGCUUCCCUCCAGAAAGAGCUUGGCCUGGACACCAUCAACGUGAUGAGGAGCAUCAAGGGCGCAUUGGAUCCGUAUUGGCUCAUGAAUCCAGGAAAGAUCAUGGACGCGUUGGAGUGAACUCUGCGCGGUAUUUGCUUUGGCAUUUCCACUUCCUUACGUUCCUCGGUUUUACAUUCCAACAAGCUUGCAUUGGGCGGCCGUUUGCAAUUUUCACAUGCAUUGGCCGGGAGCACUAUAGAGUUAGCAUAGGUCACUUCACUGUAGCAACUACUGGCGUUGUACAUAA